UUGGCUGCGCAGAGUCCAGAAUUAUCUACAAUUUUCACUCCGAAGACACAAAUAAGAAUUAAGGUUAUAUGUAUGAGUGAAAAACGUGGAUUUGUUUAUAACCUAAGCAUUGAAUUUACUUAAAUAUUUUUUUUACAUUAAGUAAAAAAUGUCUUUGUUUGAAAUUAAGCGGUAUGAUGAAGAAUUAGAAACAUCAGACGGGUAUGACCACUUAUCAGAAUUAUUAAAAAAAAUAGAGGAGCGUAAAAAACAGCGGAUUGAUAAAAAUGAGAGUGAUAAAAAUGAAGAAGAAAAACCGAAGAAGAAACGCAAGAAAAAGUCGAAGAAAAAAAUUGACUCUGAAAUUGUUGAUGGAAUAAAUGAUGUGAGUGAGAAUAUUGAUGGUGAAAUUGAAAAAGAUAUUAGUGGUACUAAUAAUGACAAUGAUGAGAAUAAUAAAGAAGAAAGUGGAAAAAAUGAAGAUGAUAAACAGGAUUUUAUGAUUCUUGGGGUAAACAAUAGUAGAAAAAAAACAAAAGUAACCCGCGUGCUGCCCAAGUGGUUGACACAUCCAGAGGUAAUAUCAGCUGAUUUAACUAGUGGUCCGGAAUUGGAUGAAGAGUGUAGAUAUUUAUUGAAGCUGGACGAGCAGUUAAUGGAAGCGUUGAAGGAAAAUGGGAUUAAAAAGUUAUUUCCUGUCCAGCUGAGCUUGAUCAAGUGGAUGCUCAAGUGCAAUGAAAAUCGAAGCAUGGGCUGGUGGCCACGUGACACUUGUGUGUCUGCACCUACCGGAAGCGGAAAAACUUUGGCGUAUGUCUUGCCAGUAAUUCAGCAGCUGAAAAAUAAUCUGAUUCGCCAGGUGAGAUGUCUCAUUGUUCUUCCAGUUCAAGAAUUAGCGGCUCAAGUCAACAGAGUUAUGUUGACGUACUGCAAAAAUACGAAUUUAAAGGUUGCGUUGAUUACUGGCGCGGCGCCCAUGGAAAUUGAGCAGUUAAAGCUUGUUAAGAAAACACAAAAUGGCGAUUUAAUAAGCAAAGUAGAUAUCGUAAUAUCAACUCCCGGCCGGUUGGUAGAUCACAUAGAAAAAACUCAAGGAUUUACAUUAAAAUACCUGGAAUUUUUGAUAAUUGAUGAAGCUGAUCGUUCAACAGAUUGGCUAAAAUACAUUCCACAUCCUCAUUACAAUAUUCCGGCAUUGACGAUUAAAAAUUUACAAUCCUACUCGAUACCACCAGCGCAAAAAUUACUGUUCAGCGCAACUCUGUCCCAGGACCCAGAAAAAUUGAGCAGAUUGAAUUUAUUCCAGCCGAUAUUAUUCACCUCCGCUGUCUUGAAGAACCAUGACAAUGACGAGGAUAUAGACCUGGACAAAUGCGGGGAAUUUUUGGGAAAAUACACAAGUCCUGUGGAGCUUACAGAGCGCGCUUUUGAGUGCUUGGCCGCUUACAAACCGGUUGCAGCGCUUAAAUUGGUGACUGCGGGGGAAAAGAGCGAGAAGACGCUGAUUUUUACUAACUCUGGAAAAUCUGCGCAUCGACUCGCGUUGUUGCUUGGUUUGAUGUUGAAGGAUAGAAAUAUUCCUGUUGAUGAAUUGUCUGCCCAGAUGAUGCCUAAACAGCGGAAUGAAGUCUUGGAAAAAUUCAGCAAAGCUGAGACUGGAGUACUUGUAAGUUCGGAUGCACUAGCAAGGGGUGUGGACAUCCCGGAUGUAACAUUAGUAAUUUCUUAUGACUUGCCAAAGUAUAUUAAAGGGUACAUCCAUCGAUCUGGACGAACUGGUCGAGCGGGUAAACUUGGUACCGCUAUAUCUAUUCUGACCAACAACCAAAUUUCGGCAUUUAAUCGAAUGCUCGCGUCAGCACGCAAAGUUGUUCCGACAAUAGAAACGUUUGACUCAUUGGAAACUGUCGCCGAAGAAAUAAAUUACGCUGAUAAGUUGACUGAACUGGGAAAAAUAAUUAGUAAAGAAGAAGUUAAGAGUAAUAGUAAUAAUAAUAAUAAUAGUAACAGUAAUAAUAAAUCUUCUGAUAAAAAAGGUAAGAAGAGAGUUGCGGGUGAUAAUAAUAACUCGAAGAAAGACAAGCGUCAACGGAAAGAGUCUAAGUGAGUUUUUUUUUUUUUUUUAAUUUAUGUAUAUAAAUUUUAAUAAAAAUUUGGAAAUAUAAGAGUUCCUUGA